CGGGUAUCGGCGUCCUCUGGGGUCGCCGCGGGCUCCGGGCGAGACUCGCCAGCCCCGGCCCCGCUCCCGGUAGCGCCCGUCUGGCCUGGGGCUGCUGGGCCGCGGCUGGGCCAGGGCGGGUGAGCGGUGCCCGGCGCCGCGCUCGGUCCUGGGGUGAGGCGUGAGGGGGUGACCAGCCCGUGUGCUCGCAGGUUGCCCGUCCUUUCUCGAGCUGCGUGUGGUAACCCAAACGCGGAGUCCAUGUCUUUUCUUCGGUGGGUGUCUGAAAAGUUCAUUGUUGAGGGCUUAAGAGAGUUCGAACUGUUUGGAGACAAAUGAGGCGAGCUCCGAGUCGAUAGCUUCUUCCCCUAAAAGGGACACCAUGAGCAACUUCCUGCCAGACAGCAGCUGUUACGAGUUGCUCACUAUCAUAGGCAGAGGCUUUGAAGACUUGAUGGUUGUGAACCUGGCCAGGUAUAAACCCACAGGAGAGUAUGUCACAGUCAGAAGAGUGAACUUGGAGGCCUGCACAAAUGAAAUGGUCACAUUCUUGCAGGGGGAACUUCAUGUUUCCAAGCUCUUUAACCACCCUAACAUCGUGCCAUACAAAGCAACUUUCAUAGCUGACAAUGAGCUGUGGGUAGUGACAUCUUUCAUGGCCUAUGGUUCUGCAAAAGAUUUAAUCUGUACCCAUUUUAUGGAUGGGAUGAGUGAACUGGCUAUUGCAUAUAUCCUCCAAGGUGUAUUGAAAGCACUUGACUACAUCCACCAUAUGGGCUAUGUACAUAGGAGUGUUAAAGCCAGCCAUAUCCUGAUCUCUGUAGAUGGGAAGGUGUACCUCUCUGGCCUGAGAAGUAAUCUAAGUAUGAUCAACCAUGGGCAGCGUCUCAAAGUUGUUCAUGACUUUCCCAAAUACAGCAUCAAGGUCUUGCCUUGGCUCAGUCCUGAAGUCUUGCAGCAGAAUCUCCAGGGUUAUGAUGCAAAAUCUGACAUUUACAGCAUAGGGAUAACAGCCUGCGAGCUGGCAAAUGGACACGUACCAUUUAAAGACAUGCCUUCUACCCAGAUGCUCUUGGAAAAGCUGAAUGGAACCGUUCCCUGUCUGCUAGACACCACCACGAUUCCUGCUGAUGAGCUGACUAUGAAGACCUCCCGUUCAAGUGCUAACUAUGGGAUGGUUGAGAGCAUGGCUGUUAGCAACGUGAGAGCAGCCAAUGGAGAGCCAGCCCUGCACCCUUACCUUCGGACCUUCUCCACCUACUUCCACAACUUUGUAGAGCAGUGUCUCCAGCGGAACCCCGAUUUCAGGCCAAGCGCAGGCGCUCUGCUUAAUCAUCCCUUUUUCAAGCAGAUCAAGCGCCGCGCUUCUGAAGCACUCCCUGAACUUCUGCGCCCCGUCACCCCAAUCACCAAUUUUGAAGGAACACGGCCCCAGGAUCCCAGUGGCAUUUUUGGGCUGGUGUCGAACCUGGAGCAGCUGGAUGUGGAUGACUGGGAAUUCUAGAAAAACAGGGGACUAUCCCUGGUUCUAGAGGAGCUUUUUGGACAUUGUAAUUUAUUGGUCCUGUUCAUAAAAGGUGAUGAAUGUUACACAUGGAAGAGUUUACAGCUCCUUGGGAAGGAACUUCAGCUGCCUGUUUACUUAAGAAGUAGCCUGGAAAUGAAUGGACAGACCCGAGCUGGAAAAGGAUCAACUGCAAGGAACUGUGGAGUAGUGCAGGUGGUGCAGUGCCCAGAGCCCCAGUUCUCGCAGCAGAGCGCUGGUAGAUUACUCAAAUGGGUUUGAGUGAGUCUGGUUAGUGUCUAUUUAUGUUUUUCUAAAAAUCACUGGCUUCCUUGUAUCACCGUUGAAGGCCGCAUGUCCCUACCCCUCUUUGGUUCUGUCUCCGUUAAGGGUGCCUUAGUUAAGGGGAGGCAGGCAGCUCUUAGUUUUGGGCAUUCUCUUAGAGCUAGGUUACAGUGUUGUCACAGGAUAAAUUCUGAGGGUGGGGAAAAAGGAGAUUAGGUUCUUAAAUUUAGUCACUGCUUUGUGAUGGAAAAUGGGAACCCAAAGACAACCUGAUUCUGUUGCAGGCACACUCGGUGCAUCGGGGCGUUCCUCUGCAGCACUGGCUGCUGCUCUCCCAGUUCUGGAGAGAGCUUUGGAGGCGGCUCCUUUCCCUUGCUGCCGGGCACUGAACUCCAGGUCAGACAGGGCCUUCCCCACUCUCCUCCCGUGGCGGCCUGGAUCACCAAGCGAGCCUGUGCCUGCGCAAUGCACCUGCUUUUUUAUCCCCCUCUCCCCAGCACAGCUCCUUGAGCCUCCUGUUAGCUGGGCUGGUUUCACAGCGUGUAACGCUCACACCAGCUUGUUCGCAGUGGCACGGAGGAAAAGUAAGCUGACUUUCAUGCUCAGGCCUCUUGCUCCUGACUUCUCUUUCAUCAUCGUGUACAGAAUUGAUCUUAAGCCUUCCAUUACUUUUGCUGUUCUGCCUUCCCUGACUGAAUGACAGGUAAAAGCUUUUCCUGUGGCUCCCCUUGACUCAUGGCUCUGUGACUCUGCCCCCCUGCUCUGGCAGCUCUCCCCCACUCCAUGGUAUUUGGUUUUUGGAGGUGUAUUUAAGGCUUUUGGUUUGACCCUUCCACAGCCCACAGGUGCUGGACAUCUUUCUACUCUUUAAUGAAGCACUGAGAUUCCAGUCCUGGAGGUGUGGUUGGGAGUAGUGGUGCUGGCAACAGGUCUCCUUCCGUUUAUAAACUACUUGAACCCAGAUAAAGUUUGUUACUCUAGUUUUUUGCCAAAACAAAUAAAGGAUUUCUGAAGUUGUUUUUUUUUUAA